CUAGGUUCCCUUAACGAUCCCUUCUCUAUGGUCCUUUUUCACUCUUGCUGACAUCUUUGAUCUUUCCCUUCUAACAAAACAAAAACAAAAGACUAUCUUAUGAUAAUUUAACCUCAAAAAAGCAAACUACACAUCAGCAGAAGUAGAAAAACAUUCAACGAACACUUGUAACUUUUACAUUCGUCUGUCUUUGCAGAUGCUGGAUUGGUCAACUACAAACAUCAUCAUCAUCAUCAAAACAAGAACAUCAUCAAGACCGUUACAUUAUUGUAUUUAGAGAAAACCCAGAUUGGAUUUCUCAUUGUUUUAAUAGAAUUAUCAUCCCUUUUUCAUUUUGUUUUCUCAUCUAUGUAUAUAUGUAUGUAUGUGUAUGUAUAUGUGUAGAUGUACUCAAGCAAUUUAUUGGGGUUUAUACUGGCAAUGGUUUCCAGUGCCUUUAUAGGCUCUAGUUUUAUAAUCAAGAAGAAGGGCCUUAGAAAAGCCGGUGUUAGCGGUCCUCGAGCAAGUUCUGGAGGCUAUGGUUAUUUGUUGGAGCCACUAUGGUGGAUAGGCAUGAUUACUAUGAUUGUUGGAGAGAUUUCCAAUUUUGUAGCAUACAUUUAUGCUCCUGCUGUUCUUGUGACACCACUUGGUGCAUUGAGUAUCAUUGUUAGUGCUGUAUUAGCCCAUUUCUUGUUGAAGGAGAAGCUGCAAAAAAUGGGGGUGUUGGGUUGUCUUCUAUGUAUUGUUGGUUCUACUGUGAUUGUUUUACAUGCACCUGAAGAACGGUCCAUCAAUUCAGUAGAAGAAAUCUGGGAAUUAGCUAUUCAGCCAGCAUUUCUCUUGUAUACAGCCUCCGUGGUAGCUAUAGCAUUGGUGCUGAUUUUGUAUUUUUCUCCACGCUAUGGCCAAACCAACAUUUUGGUGUAUAUAGGAAUUUGCUCUGUAAUUGGAUCAUUGACUGUUAUGAGUAUAAAAGCCAUCGGCAUUGCUAUAAAAUUAACCAUAGAGGGCAUAAACCAGGCCAAAUACUUUCAAACAUGGAUUUUCGCAAUGGUUGUAAUUACUUGCAUCAUCACUCAAUUAAAUUAUCUAAACAUGGCAUUAGAUACAUUCAACACAGCAGUUGUUUCUCCCAUUUACUAUGCUGGGUUUACUUCCUUUACAAUUCUUGCCAGUGCAAUAAUGUUUAAGGAUUAUUCUGGUCAAAGUGCAAGCAGCAUUGCAUCUGAACUUUGUGGGUUUCUUACCGUGUUAUCUGGUACUGCUGUAUUGCAUAGCACGAGAGAGCCAGAUCCACCAACCCUACCAGAUCUUUAUACACCAUUGUCUCCAAAAGUUUCAUGGUACAUCCAAGGCAAUGGAGAACAUUGGAAACAGAAGGAUGAAGAUGGGUCACCUCCUGAUUUCAUCACAAUUCUCCGACAAGACCAUUUCAAGUGAGAGAUAAUAUACUUGAGGUGCUACAGUUUUCAACUUGUUCAUGGUGCUAAGGCCCUAAGCAGAACAGCUCGAGUGUCUAUUGAUUUUGCAGGUGAAAACCAUGUGGUAAAGUGUUUUUUUGUUAGGGAAUACUUUGUUCUUUCCCCCCUUUAAAGAUGGUAAUAACAAUUUUAUCUUGCAGUCUUGUGCCAAAGUUGUUAGUAGUGGUCUCUCACCUUAUUUUGAUUUUCACUUUUUUGUUCUCUUUUUCAACGUGUAGCAAUAUUUGAUUUCAUUCUUCAAACCAUGUCCAGUCUCAUUGUGUAGGCUUCAGACUGAGCUGGUAGUCUAAUUUAUUUGAUUUUAUAUGACAAGUAUUGGUAAAUUCAUCUC